CUGCUUGCUUCUUUGUAUUCCUCUUCCUUCCCUGUAACACAAGCGAACAAUCGCUAAAUGACACUCCAAAUUCCAUUUCCUAUUUAUUUCUUUCUUGAAUCGUCAAGAAUCGUUAAGAAUCAAGACAAUUCCUUUGUUCUGCAAUGGGUGGAGCUGAGUGGGUUAGAGGGCCGGCCAUCGGCCGCGGCUCCACUGCCACAGUCUUCCUCGCUGCUUCCUCCACUUUUGGCGAUCUCUUCGCCGUCAAGUCUGCCGAGUUGUCCCACUCCGCAAUUCUGCAGCGCGAGCAGAGCAUCCUCUCUGCACUCAGCUCACCUUUCAUUAUCUCUAGUUUCGGCUUCGACGUGGCCCCGCGCGACGGUGGCGCUCUAUUCUACAAUCUGUUUCUUGAGUACGCCCCCGGCGGUUCUCUCGCCGACCAUAUAAAGAACUCUGGCGGCCGGUUGGAUGAACCGGCCAUCCGUUACAAAACCCGAGAUAUUCUGACCGGUUUGGCUUAUCUUCACGGCCAAGGCGUCGUCCACUGCGACGUCAAGCCGGGGAAUGUACUUCUGGUGUCGGGCGAGCGGGCCAAGAUAGGCGAUUUGGGUUGUGCGCGGUGGGUCGCCGCCGGCGAGCUGGACGUACGUGGGACGCCGAUGUACAUGGCGCCGGAAGCCGCGAGAGGGGAGGAGCAGGGGAUGUCAGCUGAUGUUUGGUCGCUGGGGUGCACAGUUAUUGAGAUGUUCGCUGGCCAGUCGCCGUGGCCAGAGAUUGAUGAUGUCGUUGCGGCGAUUCACCGGAUUGGAUUCUCCGGCGAUGUGCCGGAAAUUCCAGAUUGGGUGUCGGAGGAGGCGAGGGAUUUUCUAGAUAAGUGCUUGAGGAAGGAUCCAGGGGAGCGGUGGACGGCGGAAGAGCUUCUGCGCCACCCCUUCGCCGCCUCCGGCUGCGCUGAGGCGACCUGGAUUUCUCCGAAGAGCAUUCUGGAUUUAAGCUUGUGGGAAUCAAUUGAAGAAGAAGAAGAAGAAGAAGAAGAGGGAUUCCGUAGUGAGGAACCAGCAAGGAGAAUUCGGGAGAAUGCAAUGGUUUCAGGCGGCCCAAUUUGGGAUUGGGAUGAAGAGUGGUUGGAGGUUAGAGACAGCCGUGGGGAAUGGAUGGAGGCAGAAGCCGCCGGAGCAGGCCGAGAGGGGAUGGUUGGUGGUAGGUGGAAUGCUGAUGAUUCUGCGAGUACUUCCUAUGUGGUUCGUAUGUCCUUCCAUCAUUCUAUGAUUGCUAGUGAUAAGGUCACUUUUAAUUUAAAUAAUGUUGCUAAUGCCGAUAUUUUUACUCAGGAAAAUAUGAAAAUUUUGAUAACUAAGGUUGCAAAUCCUAUGUUGAAUCAUGGUGAUGUUUUUGUUGGUAAUGAAAUGAUGGUUGAUUUGUCGUCUUUAACUCCAGCUGUUAAUAGUGUUGGUGUUCCAUUACAUAGUCCUCCUUCUAUGGAGACUGUGAACCUGCUCAUGUGGGUUGCCCAUAAUGAAAGAAAUUAUCUCUGUAUUGGAUUGAGAUCAUUGGGGAGUCAUAGCCCUAUGAUUGAAUAA